AUGGUCAUUUCGCUUGACCGCUGGUUUAUGUGCGUAAAGCCUAUUCCGCCCUCAUGGUACAACGACUCGUUCUCAGUAUUGAUCAUAAGCUUCAUGUGGCUCAUCUCAAUCGUUUUGGCCUUGGUGACGCUCAGUCCGAUUUCGCUCAUUUCUGUCGAUAUAAAAGAAGCAGAAAAUAAUGGAACAACCAUGUGCAUUGCAUCAUUCAACCCAAUCAUGACAAUUUCCUCGACGGCCGUUUCAUUCAUUCUCCCUGGAAUAAUAAUUAUCUUGGCGAAUGUUGGCAUAGCAAAGACUGGACUGAGAUUGAGAGAGAACACGAUCAAAAGACAGCCGAAAGUCGAGGGCAAAGAUGUUCGAAAAAGUGUCAGAAGAAGAGCAGAAUACGCAAAAUCUCGCGAAAUAAAAUUGACGAUGACUUGCGUCAAACUUAGUCUCGCCUUUGUCGUCUGUUGGGUUCCCUUUGUUGUUCUAAGCCAGAUUGAGUCUGCCCUGUUCGACAAAUGCUUCGGCUUCUCAAUUUGGCUUGGCUGGCUGAAUUCCGCUGUGAACCCGGUUAUUUAUUACACGAAUCGAGAGCACGCGAUGAGACUGAAAAGAAAAUUAAUGCGCUGGCGAAAAGAAAUACAAAUGAGUCUAACUUGCUCAAGGUUAUUUACUCCGCCAGGAGAUAAGUCCGACUCAGUCAUCGAAAACACCAGUCAAAUGCCGACCUCAGUUGAAACAUAUAAAAACCCGACCGCCGAACUCAAGUUCUGA